AACCCUAUUCCCUUCCCAAUCUUCACACAUACCUCUCUGUAUCUGUGAUGAGUUUGGCUUCUUUUUAAUGGCUCACACUCUUCACAAACCCUAUUCAUUAAUAUUCAUCCCAUACCUAACCACACUUUUCAUACUGUUAUACUUUACUUUCUCUGUUGCUUCAAACUCACACCAUGGAUUCUCCAUCAUCGAUUCCAAUUUUGAUUCGCUCUACGGAGAUUACACACCUCCGUCGCCGCCGCCGCCGCCGCCGUUGCCUCACCCGCCGUCCUUUUCCUGCGAAGAGGGACUCAACGGAACUGGCUCUCUGGCCACUUCCUGCGAUCUCAAUUCGAGCUUGGUUUUCAGCAGCGACGUGUCCAUAGAAGGGAACGGAAGCCUGCACAUACUUGCUGGUGUCAAUUUGAGUUGCCCCUUGUUGGGUUGCGUGAUUUAUAUAAACGUGAGUGGGGAAUUCACUUUGCAGAGUGGUGCGGUCUUAACUGCGGGAACGGUGUUGGUGGCGUCUAAGAAUGCGAGUUUGUUGGAUGGGUCGGUGAUAAAUGUGACCGGGUUGGCCGGUGCGCCUCCGGCUCAGACGAGUGGGACGCCGUCGGGUACGCAGGGUGCUGGUGGAGGGCACGGUGGAAGAGGUGCCACGUGUGUCUCUGACAAUACUAAGCUUCCAGAUGAUGUUUGGGGUGGGGAUGCGUAUUCUUGGUCGUCGUUGGAUAAGCCGUGGAGUUAUGGGAGUAAGGGAGGGACCACAAGUAAAGAUGAGAAAUAUGGUGGGGAAGGAGGUGGUAGAAUUAGGUUUGAUAUUGUUGAUUCGAUUGAGGUCUCUGGGGAUCUUUUGGCUAAUGGAGGUGAUGGUGGGAUCAAGGGUGGAGGGGGUUCUGGUGGCAGCAUUUAUAUUAAAGCUCAUAGAAUGACUGGAACUGGCACAAUCAGUGCCACUGGAGGUGGUGGGUUUGCUGGGGGUGGAGGAGGAAGAGUUUCAAUUGAGGUCUUUAGCAGACAUGACAAUACAAAAUUCUUCAUUCAUGGAGGAAUUAGUCUUGGAUGUUCUGGCAAUGCUGGUGCUGCAGGGACAUAUUAUGAUGCUGUUCCUCGAAGUCUUACCAUUUGCAAUCAUAACUUGUCUACUCAAACUGAUACACUCCUGUUGGAGUUUCCUAAAGUGCCUCUUUGGACAAAUGUUUAUGUCCAGAAUCAGGCCAAGGCACUGUUCCCUUUAUAUUGGAGCCGUGUUCAGGUUGGUGGACUAAUUCGUUUGACUUUUGGUGCCGCUCUAAGCUUUGGGCUUGCUCAUUAUGGUUCAUCAGUGUUUGAGUUAAUGGCAGAAGAGCUUCUGAUGAGUGACUCUGUAAUCAAGAUAUAUGGAGCUCUUCGUAUGUCUGUCAAGAUCCACCUGAUGUUGAAUUCCAAGAUGCUUAUAGAUGGUAAUGGUGAUUCAAUUGUUGCCACAUCCUUACUUGAAGCUAGCAACUUAGUAGUUCUCAAGGAUUCAUCUAUUAUUCAUUCUAAUGCAAAUUUGGGAGUUCAUGGGCAAGGUUAUUUGAACUUGUCUGGACCUGGAAAUUUGAUUGAAGCACAACAUCUGAUUUUGUCAUUAUUUUAUGGUAUCAGUGUUGGGCCUGGAUCUGUUCUAAGAGGUCCUUUAGAGGCUGCUGGUGAUGAUAUGACACCAAAACUCUACUGUGAAGUUGAACAUUGCCCUGUGGAAAUGCUUCAUCCGCCUGAAGAUUGUAAUGUGAAUUCUUCAUUGGCUUUCACCCUGCAGAUAUGUCGGGUUGAAGUUGUUAUUAUUGACGGCUCCAUAAUUGGCUCUGUUGUGCACUUCCACUGGAUUGGAAAUGUAGAUGUCUCUUAUUCUGGAGUAAUCAGUGUGUCUGGGCUAGGCUGUACUGGUGGGUUGGGUAGAGGAAGGUAUUUUGAAAAUGGUAUUGGUGGUGGAGGCGGACAUGGAGGAUAUGGUGGGGAUGGAUAUUACAAUGGAAAUUUCGUUGAAGGUGGUAGCUCAUAUGGGGAUGCUGAUUUGCCAUGUGAACUUGGUAGUGGCAGCGGAAAUAAUAGCCUAGCUGGUGCAACUGCAGGUGGUGGCAUCAUUGUGAUGGGUUCAUUGGAGCACUCAUUGUCAAGUUUGACUUUGGCUGGCUCACUUAGAGCUGAUGGAGAAAGCUUUGGAGAUGACACUAGAGGGAAGGAUGGUGGGAUUUCUUCAAGCAUCGGUCCUGGUGGUGGCUCUGGUGGAACUGUUCUUUUGUUUGUUCGGACGUUGGCACUUGGUGACUCUUCUAUAAUAUCAACUGCUGGAGGACAAGGAAGUCCUAGUGGUGGUGGGGGUGGAGGUGGUGGAAGGGUUCACUUUCAUUGGUCUAAUAUUCCAGUUGGAGAUGAAUAUGUCCCUUUAGCGAGUGUCAAUGGAAGCAUUAUUACUGGAGGAGGAUUUGGUGGAGGUCAGGGUCUUCCGGGAAAGAAUGGAUCUAUUAGUGGAACUGCUUGUCCCAGAGGACUUUAUGGUAUCUUUUGUGAGGAAUGCCCUGUUGGUACUUACAAAAAUGUCAGCGGGUCUGAUAGAGAUCUUUGUCAUGAUUGUCCUCCUUAUGAGCUUCCACAUCGGGCCAUAUAUACUUUUGUACGAGGUGGUGUGGCAGAGACUCCUUGUCCAUACAAGUGCAUAUCUGAUAGAUAUCACAUGCCAAACUGUCAUACAACUUUUGAAGAGUUGGUAUACACUUUUGGUGGACCAUGGCUUUUUGGUCUUCUUCUCUUAGGUCUUCUUAUCCUGCUUGCUCUAGUUCUCAGUGUAGCACGAAUGAAAUAUGUAGCUGGGGAUGAAUUACCUGCUGUUGUGCCUGCUCGAAAUGACACUCGACUGAACCACUCUUUCCCUUUUCUGGAAUCACUGAAUGAGAUUAUGGAAACCAAUAGAAGUGAGGAAUCUCAGAGUCAUGUGCACAGGUUGUAUUUCCAGGGCCCAAAUACAUUCAGUGAACCGUGGCAUCUUCCUCAUUGUCCUCCAGAGCAAGUAAAAGAUAUUGUAUAUGAAGAUGCCUUCAAUAGAUUUGUGGAUGAGAUUAAUAGUUUAGCUACUUAUCACUGGUGGGAAGGGUCUAUAUACAGUAUCCUUUGUGUCAUUGCGUAUCCCCUUGCCUGGUCAUGGCUGCAAAGGUGUCGGAGAAAGAAAUUACAGAAACUUCGAGAAUUUGUUCGAUCAGAGUAUGACCAUGCAUGCUUGCGUUCUUGCCGUUCACGAGCUCUUUACGAAGGGCUGAAGGUAGCUGCGACAUCUGAUCUGAUGCUGGCAUAUUUGGACUUCUUUCUUGGUGGGGAUGAGAAAAGACCUGAUCUGCCCCCUCGUCUUCAUCAAAGAUUUCCCAUGUCUAUAAUUUUUGGGGGAGACGGAAGUUACAUGAGUCCUUUCUCUCUUCAUAGUGAUAAUAUUCUUACUAGCAUCAUGAGUCAGUCUGUUCCACCAACUAUAUGGUACCGAUUGGUGGCCGGUCUUAAUGCUCAGCUACGCUUAGUUCGCCGCGGACAUCUAAAAAUAACUUUUGGUCCUGUUAUCAGCUGGCUUGAUGUGUAUGCAAACCCUAAGUUGGCUACAUAUGGUGUACGUGUUGAUCUUGCAUGGUUUCAGCCCACAGCUUCUGGAUAUUGCCAAUUUGGACUUGUGGUGCAUGCUAUUGAGAAUGAAAGUGUGUCUUCAUCAAGGGAAGGUUAUGAUGAUUCAAGAAUAGCUGAAAAGCAGUCAUGUUUACUUUUAAGUUUCAGAAACCCAGUGCAUCAUGCGACUGGCAAUGAACACCUGAUGAUGCCUAGAAGGAUGUCUGGUGGGAUAUUGCAUGCCAAGAGCCUAAGAACACUUAAAGAGAAGAAAACUGUAUAUUAUCCCAUUGCUUUUAUUAUUUAUAAUACAAAGCCCGUUGGUCAUCAGGAUCUAGUUGGUCUGGUUAUCUCCAUACUACUCCUGGGAGAUUUUAUCUUAGUAUUGCUUACCUUGCUUCAGAUGUAUUCCCUGUCACUGCUGAGCUUCUUCUUAGUUUUAUUUGUCCUUCCUCUUGGUGUACUAUUUCCAUUUCCAUCUGGAAUCAAUGCUUUGUUUAGUCAAGGACCUAGGAGAUCAGCUGGGCUUGCUCGUCUGUAUGCUUUGUGGAAUUUGACGUCCCUAGUCAAUGUUGUAGUUGCCUUCUUUUGUGGAUUUAUACAUUAUACAGCUCAUUCACAUAACAAGCUUUCCAACUUUCAAUCCUGGAAUUUUAGUAUGGAUGAAAGUGAAUGGUGGAUGCUUCCUUCUGGUCUGGCCCUCUGCAAAAUUAUUCAAGCGCGUCUUGUUGAUUGUCAUGUGGCUAACCAGGAAAUACAAGAUCCCUCAUUGUAUAGCAGUGACACUAACGUCUUCUGGAAUUCUUGAACAUUUUAACUAGUCUCUAUAUUUUGCUUUCUGUAUAUUCAUUGAAGUGUAAAGCUUAAAUGGGUGAGAGCAGUCACAUUGAGUGGCAUUGUGUAAAUUGUAGAAUUAGGAAAGGUUCUUUAAAAUGUGCCGUGUGGAGUGGGUGAUUAUAUAAUUUCUGCUUGAUGUUCAUCAGUCACUAUAGUUGUACUCUUGAUAAUGUAAAUUUUUUUAGGCUUCAUUCCUUUUGUAAAGGCUGCCGGAUCUGUGAAUAUAUCAAGUAUACUACUGGUAAAAUUUCUUGGUC